CUCUCUCUCUCUCCUACUAGAACAACACAGCCAAGCUGGUGAAACAUCUGAGCAAGAGCGCCGAGACAGAAGAGCUGAGGAAGCUGGCGUCAGUGCUGGUGGAAGGCUGGAUGGCUAUUAUCCGCUCUCAGAGCGUCUCCAGUGCAGCAUCACCCAAUGACAAGAAACGGAAAAAGGAAGAUGGAAAAGUGCGUCCAGAGGUGAAGCCCCGAGAAAAGGGAGCAGAUGAGGAGAAGAAGAAAGACAAACCAAAAGCUUAUGCUCCAAGUCACGCAAAGAUCCGUUCUACAGGUUUGGAGGUGGAGGGUCCAGCUCCAGUUCCUGUAAAGAAAACCCCCACUGCACCCCAACUUGGAGACAAAUACAACAUCAAGCCAGCUGUUCUUAAAAGACCAAACACAUCGCCGACUGACGCACCACCAGUGGAGAAGAAGUACAAGCCCCUUAACACCACCCCCAACUCUGCCAAAGAGAUCAAAGUCAAACUUAUACCCCCACAGCCGAUGGAAGGCACUGGAUUUUUGGAUGCCCUUAACUCCGCUCCAGUGCCUGGCAUCAAGAUCAAGAAAAAGAAAACAAAAGCAGUUUCCCCUACCACUAACAAGCCCUGUCCAUUUGACAACAGGCCGCAGUCAUACUCAGGCACACAGGCCAAAGCAUCUUCCCCUGAGACGCCCUCAUCUCAGACACCUCCUCAUGAGAGCCAAGACCUGGAGCAGCCUGGCACACCCGUGCCCACCGAGGACCCUGAUGCCAUGGAAACCGGUGAUAAACCCAAUGCACUGUCUGAACCUCGCGGUGAGGAGGAGAGUCUGACUAAGAAAGGAAAGAAAAAGAAAAGCGUUCGGUGGGCGGAAGAGGAUCAUCUCAAAGAAUACUUCUACUUUGACCUGGAUGAGACUGAGAGAGUGAAUGUUAAUAAAAUUAAGGACUUCGGUGAGGCAGCUAAACGGGAGCUGAUGAUGGACAGGCAGACGUUUGAAAUGGCUCGUCGUCAUUCUCACGACACCAUGGAGGAGAGGGUGCCCUGGACUCCUCCGCGACCCUUGACCCUCAUAGGCACCCUGGUCAUUCAUGGUUCCACCAGCAGAGAGAAGAUGAUCCAGAGAGAUAGAGAGAUGGGCAUUCUGCAGGAGAUCUUCCUCAGCAAAGAGAGUGUUCCAGACAGUCCUCAUGAGCCAGACCCUGAGCCAUAUGAGCCCAUGCCUCCUCGUCUCAUCCCAUUGGAUGAGGACUCCAGUAUGGAGGAGAAUUACAUGGAGCCCGCUGACCCUGCUGCCUCUGGCGGCUCUUCUGGCUCUAAUGAAGGCUCCAAACUGCCUCCUGUUCUAGCUAACCUCAUGGGAAGUCUGGGCAACAGCGGCCACAGCCCUCAGGCGCAAGGCAACGCCCCACCAGCCAGUAAUAACCCUGCUGUUAAUGUGCAGGAACUACUCUCAUCUAUUAUGGGUGCUCAGGGAUCUAACCAGUCUCCAGAGGACCUGAUCAAACAGCCUGAUUUCUCAGAUAAGAUCAAGCAGCUUUUGGGUUCCCUGCAACAGAACCAGAACCAGAACCAGACUCAGAACCAGCCUGCUAAUGUUCCGCCAAUGAAUACUGGUCUGCUUGGCCAUGGCCCCGGCAUGAACAUGAACAUGAACAACAUGCCGAUGCCCAUGAAUGGGGGUUUCCCUCCAAACAAGCCCCCUGGACCACAUUUCAACCAUCCUCCUCCUCCCCAUGGCCACGGACCACCCUUCAACCCCGGCGGCCCACGCAUGAUGGGACCUCCGCCCGGUCCACAGGGCCGCGGGGCGGACAAUGGCAACUACUGGGGCGACGACUCCAUGAGAGGAGGGCCACACCGGGGAGGACACUUCCACCGGGGGAGAGGGAGAGGAGGAGAUCCGGGCUUCAGAGGACGAGGGGGACGCGGAGGACCACGCGGGGGACACAACAACAUGGGCGACAUGUCAAAGAGGCCAGUGUGUCGCCAUUUCAUGAUGAAAGGAAAUUGUCGGUAUGAAAAUAACUGUGCAUUUUACCACCCCGGUGUAAAUGGACCACCGCUCCCUCCCCAGCACGGACACUAACACACCGAAAACUGCUGUUCCUUGAACUCCCCACUAGUGGGCAACAGGACUCAAAAUGAGCCUCGUGUACAGGAACUGAAACGGGAUGUUUGUGUCUGUGACCGCACAAUCCCACCUGCUUCAUGAGGAUCUGAACAUGAAUAGUUUCUUCUCCAUUUUACACUAAUUUCCCUCAUCUGGAAAGCUGCGAGAAGAUCUGAGAUCCUCUAUGAAGAGUCAGAUAGUGUCUAAACCCAUUACUUGACUUUGCGGCCUACAUGUAAAUAGUGCUUCCUGGAGAUGGAGAUUGAUAUGUAUAUUUUUAUUGUGAUUCUGUGUAUUACUGACCUGACUGCUAAAGAUUGUACUACAUAACUCUGUAACCACUAGGACGAGGUGUAAAUAAUGGUCUUCAGCCAGUGGUGUACAGUGACUUAAGCUUCUCCUGGUGGCCAAAACACAAGAUACUGGAUGUGCAGUUCUCAAAAUUAUAAUUGGCACGUCAGUUAUUAGUGCAAAUCGGAUGUGCGAAAUGAAAUUUACACUUCCAAAAGAUAUUAGAGCACAGAACUUUUAUUUUAAGAUUCUUCUGGUUGAAUUCAGUCCCUCUGAAGUUGCCGUACUGUUUGAUAUUUUAUUUUCGGGUUUCUAUUGAAGAGGGAGAAACCAUACUUCUAUGAAAUGUGUAGAUGCUGUCAAAUUUACAGAUCUGAAUCACACAUGGUCCUUCUUUUUUCAUUUCAUGAUUUUUAGUUUCAAAAAUGCUCUUCAAAGAUACUCUGCAACACUGAAGUGCGUCCAUGAAUUGGCGUUAUGUACAUUUUACGCCCCAAAUGGGAAAUACUAUAGGGAUAGAUACUAUUCAGACCCAUUACCUUUUGCAUCUGGGCACAAAAUACAGCAUUUUUGAAAUCCCGUUGAAUACUUGAAUUGAUACAUUGUGAUGGAAAGUGAUCCUAGCCUGCUAAAGAAAAAGUAACUGUCGUUCUGUGUCGUGUGACAAUCAGGAGAAUUAGUGCUGAUUUCCUACUUGAUGUUGAUGCUAUGGUUUGAUUUGCUGUGCGUUCAUGUUCUUGGACUCGUGUGGGUCUGUCCUGCUCUAUCAGUGUUCAACUGAGCCUAACCUGGGCUACAAACCACUAUCAAGGCCAACCGUAUUCAGGUGUUUUCUGUGAAAACAGUGGCCAUUGUCUCUUGUGGGACUCGAUUUUCUUUUUCAGUUUUUGUUGGAUUCACUAUUUUCCCAUGAUUUUAUUUUGAUACAAGUCUGAUGAUUUUUUUUUUCUUCUAUUAUUGUUGGAGAGAUGUCUAUGUGUCAGAGCGCCGCAUAAACACAAUAAAAGGCACAUUCAGAAAUGUAA